AUGAGUACGGCAGAGCAGAUUUUUGAAUGGUACGCCAAGCUCUACAGCCGUCGUGUGGACCUGGUGGGCGACUUUGCUGGAAGUGAGCGAUUCCUCGUCCACGGCGAGUCCCUUCUUCUCCAUUGCUUUAGCGACAAACACAUCGACUUCGACCCUGGUUACCAGUUACUCCAUGCCUCAUACACAGUCGAGAGAUUCCUGCAGGGUCUUGUAUCACGCUGUUGCAACUUCCACAUUGCCUUCUUUGAUGAGCACCAAGACAUAUGUGUCCCCCAAGAUGCAUCGCGAGAAAUUAGCGAGAAGUACCUGCUUGCACGAGCAGCCAUCAUACGCCAUCUCAAAGUCAACCUUCCCGAAGUCAUUCCAGAGAUUGAGAUCAAUCACUUCGCCUCAACAUCUUCUGACUCGUUUGCGGAAUAUCUCAGGGCAACUGACAUUUACUUCGUCCUUUGUCACGAUGGUGCCUCUUUCAAAGAUAGUCAAAAACGAAUCAUUCUUCAGAACGAUCUGAAAGCUCUUCAAGAAGAGGACCAUAGUAUAGAGAAACGUCGUGAAGAGUACAAGGCUACUUUUCGUACCUUCAUAUACAGCCUGAUGCAACAAGGUUACAGCACGGCGCUUGUCAACGGCCUAGAAUGGCAAGACACCAAGAUCAUCACGACUGUGUUGGAGCAUUCCCGUUCCAUGACUCUGGACGUUCAUUCAACAGAAGCCCAUUUGAACAAACGGCUUACCGACAUUGUUGAUCUGGCGCACAUGCGUGGCUAUCUACAAACCAUCCGCGAGUCCUGCGAUCGGUUGCUGACCGAGCGCGAAUAUCUCACUGUUCUAGUCGCCUCGCAACUUGCGUCCUCAAGCAGUAACAAUCUUACUCCCGCCUUGUUGCAGCACACAGCAUUGCUUUCGGAGCUUCCUUUAUCGGACCGAGCCAUCGCAACUCAAGAAAUGCCCGAAGAGAUUAGCGCUUUCAUUCUUGAAUUCUGUCACGAAGCCCGGAAGUUUAUUGGCAGCCCUGCUUGGUCAGAUGCCUUCUCAGGUCAUCCUGAAUGCGACCUGGCGGAUCUGAUUGAUGGACGGCUUUUGGCGCUCUGCGCUCAGGAUCCAUCAGUAGAGUCAAGCGAGCUUCUAGACACCUUGAAGAAGGCAACGGCUGCUCUUUACGGUCAAGAAUUGUCGAACGGACCCGCAGUUGGGUUGCAUCUGAAUCCAGCGUCAAAUGACCAAUCGCACGAUGAGGACUCCACAUAUGCUGUGCUUCCAUUCACAAACAGUGUAUUUGAUGAGCAUUUACGACCUAUCAAACUGGAAGUGUCUCGAUCAGGAGGGAAAACAGAUACAACAACUGCACAAGUCUUCCGCGAGGUAACUCAUUGGCACAAUCAGCGAUCUUUGAGUCAAAAACAAAGGGUCAUACAAGAGAAGGAUCCCAAAAUGGCGAAGAAGGCCCUCCGUCGAAACCAAUUCUUCAUGGCAGAAAUGACGUCGUACGCUGCUAGUCUGACAAAUGCCGUUGGUAAAGUGCUUGACCCGGAAACUAUAACACUUGGCGACAAGGCAAAGCCUACAGCCCCAGGACAGAGCAUUGAGAACAAAAAGCCUAAGCAACAGCAGAAGCAGAGUGUCAAGAACAUUAAUGCUAACAAGCAAGCCAUGCUGGCUGACAUUGCGGCAAGUUCGAAGCGGAAAGACGAAGAGAGUGCAAAGCAGCUAUAUCAAGCAUGGAGCGUAUUUUGCGAUGGCCUCGAGAAGCAGGUUGACUUACCAUCAAGAUAUAACAAGGCGAGGCAGUAUCUUGCAAAUCUGAAUAGUGCGGCUAAACGUCAGACUCUCGGACCAGAAGUGCGCAUGUACAUGCUCAACGUCUUGUUGGAGAUGUGGAUUCGAUUUUGUCGCGACGGAAACAAAGAGAAAGGCGUGUACGUUGCGGCCCUGCUCUUCGAUACGGCCCGCACUCUUUGCAGCUUCCCUAGUGUCAGUGGGACGAUCGCUAGAUGUCUCAAAGCUACCGUAGAACGCCUUCAUUUACCUACCCUGGAUAUACCACCGGAGCAAGGCGAUCGCAAGCUCCCUUUCAAGUUUGUUCUGGAUGAGACAAUGGCCUCAGAUCUUACAUUGACUCUUUCGCCAGAGGAGUUCCAACUUCUCCACUGCGGACCGUAUUUUGACCGGACGAUCGAUUCAGCUCCGGAUCCUCGCGUGGCUUUUGAGCCCGACGCGUGGCAGCGGCGUGUUCUUGAUGAAAUUGAUGCUCGUCGCAGCCUCCUUGUUAUUGCACCGACCUCGGCGGGUAAGACAUUCAUCUCGUUUUACGCAAUGAAGCAGGUCCUGGAGGCAAACAAUGACGAUGUAUUGGUGUACGUUGCGCCCACCAAGGCGCUGGUAAACCAGAUCGCCGCUGAAAUCCAAGCUCGAUUCUCCAAGAAUUACAAGUAUAGUCAAUCCGUUUGGGGCAUCCAUACCCGCGACUACCGCAUCAACAACCCCACUGGUUGUCAGAUCUUGGUGACGGUUCCUCACAUACUACAGAUCAUGCUGCUCGCCCCUAGCAACGCUAAAAACUGGUCAGAGAGAGUCAAGUGGAUCAUCUUUGAUGAAGUACAUUGUAUCGGACAGGCUGAAGAUGGUCUUAUUUGGGAGCAGCUAUUGCUCAUGGCACCGUGCCCAAUUAUUGCACUUUCUGCUACAGUUGGAAACGCAGAAGCUUUCAAUGAUUGGCUAUCAGCCUCGCAGAAAGCUGCUGGGAAUGAGCUGGUCAUGGUUCAACACCCCCACAGAUACUCGGACCUACGGAAGUUUGUCUAUUCCCCACCAACUAAGCGCGAUCCAGCUUCAUAUCUACCACUCCCCACACAACGAUCUUUUGCUCAACUCGGUCUGGACGAGCAUACAGACUUUGCAUUCUUGCACCCGGUCGCUAGCUUGCUUAACCGAACCCGUGGCCUGCCUAGCGACUUGACCCUUGAGGCUAGGGACUGUCUCACUCUUUGGCAGAGUAUGACAAAGCACCAGACCGCGGAGUACCCAGUUGACAAAUCCCUCAAUCCAUCUGCAAUUCUUCCUGUCAUCAUCAAGAAGGCCGAUAUCAUCAAGUGGCAAGCCGCGCUCAAGGAACUCCUCACCAAAUGGAUGGCCGACGACAAGUCUCCAUUUGAAGCGGUCCGCCAGGAUCUCAGCAAGCCUCUUGAGAAAUUUACAGCCCAUACUAUCAUGGGAACUGAAGAAGAGUCUGAUGAGAGUGGUGAAGUCGAUGAAUUGGGCAUGGAGAUCAGCCACGACAUCUCAAGCAUAUUGCCAUUGUUGGCUGACCUGCAGCAGCAGGAUGCACUUCCUGGUAUCGUCUUCAACUAUGAUCGUUCGAUUUGCGAGAAGAUGCUACAGACUUUGCUCAAGCAGUUAACAAAUGCGGAGACUACCUGGAAGGAGUCUAGUCCUAAAUGGAAGGAGAAGCUGGCACAGUGGGAGGAAUGGAAGAAAGAGGUGGCCAGACGAGAGAAGCAAGGGCUCCGUGGAGAAGCUUCCAAGGGUAUGACGAAGCAAGACCAGAUGAGAGAAGCUGCCAAUGUCGAGGUCAGUGCCUUUGCCUCGUUCGACCCCAACAAGCCUCUAGAAGGGUUCCACUUUGCGGAUCAUAAGAAGCUAUCACAGGAGGAAUUCGCGGUUCAUGCGAAGGAGCUACGUUACCGUGGAUGUGAGGAGUGGCUGAUUGAGGGUCUAAUGCGCGGUAUUGGUGUCCAUCACGCUGGUCUGAACCGGAAAUACCGAUACUGCGUUGAAAUGCUCUUCCGCAAGGGUUACCUGCGAGUUGUGAUUGCGACCGGUACGCUUGCACUGGGUAUCAACAUGCCUUGCAAGACCGUCGUAUUCUCCGGUGAUUCCGUAUUCUUGACUGCACUCAACUUCCGACAAGCUGCUGGUCGUGCUGGUCGACGAGGUUUUGACAUGCUCGGAAAUGUCGUCUUUCAUGGCGUAUCACUGAGCAAGGUACAUAAGCUUAUUAGCUCAAGGCUUCCUGAUCUCAACGGCCAUUUUCCCAUCACAACAACGCUGGUCCUGCGCCUCUUCACACUGUUACACUCAUCAGGGAACUCAAAGUUUGCUGUACGUUGCAUCAAUGCGCUCCUUUCGCAGCCACGACUGUAUUUGGGUGGGAAUGAUGCAAAGAUGACCGUACUACACCACCUACGAUUCUCCAUCGAAUAUCUUCGACGUCAACAUCUCCUGGACGAGCAGGGUGUACCCCUUAACUUUGCUGGUUGCGUAAGCCACCUCUACUUCACGGAGAACUCGUCAUUUGCUUUCCAUGCGCUGCUCAAGGAUGGAUACCUCCAUGACCUGUGCGCCAAAAUCGACACCAACAAAGUCCAAGUACUGCGCGAACUUAUGUUGAUCAUGGCUCAUUUGUUUGGAAGACGUCACUGCCGACAGGCGGAUGAGGAGUAUGUACAGGAAGUGGUGAAGAAGAGUCCCUCGAUUGUCUUCUUACCCGCUAUGUCCGACUCUGCUGCAAACGUCCUGCGUCGUCACAAUAAGACGACACUUGACAUCUUCACAGCUUAUGUCCGUACUUUCGUGGAUCAGCAGACCACGGAGCCUGAUAACGAGCUUCCGCUGACUGAGGUCACGAUUGGUGGCGAAUCUUCUCCCACAAAGAUUGCACUGGGCCAGCGUCGCAAGGUAAAGGCUCGCUCUGCGUUUGUCGCUCUCUCGGGCUAUGAUGACAGGUUUGAGUCUAUUCACGAUCUUUGCACAACGGCUCGUUCCGGUGUCUUCCUUGAGGAGGCUGUCGUACCCCACAUUGGCCUCUACCCUGAAGACUCUGGACUGCCACUCAAUGCAUACUUGUAUGAUUUCUUCAUGCAUGGUGACGUUAAUGCCUUGAUUACAGCAAACAAGAUUCGUCGUGGAGACGUCUGGUUUGUGUUAAAUGAUUUCAGUAUGACGUUAGCAACGAUAACGACCAGUCUUUCGAAUUUCCUUGGAUUGGGCUCAGAGUCUGAUCUGGACUUCAUUGAAGUUCGGGGUGGUGGUGACGACGAGGAAGAGAAUAGGGAAGACAAAUUGCUGCCAACAGAUUCAACGACAGAGACGGCUGCAGCGAAUAAUUCUGCAACCAACAAGGGCCCUACCCGGCAGGAGCUUAGCAUCCAACCGAAGAAGAAGGCCAAGAAAGUGGUUGCUGAGUCGUGGGAUGACGAAGAUGAGGACUCUGAGCAGAGCGAAUCCGAAGUCGAAGAUGAGUGGGACGCUGCAGAUGGUCAAGAUCCGCCUGCCUGGGAAGAGGGCGAGGGCUUGCUGAAUGUUCUUAAGGCUUUCAAGGCCCUGAAGGAGGAAUUUGACACAAAAUUCAAGGCCAUGUGGGCUUGA